AUGCGUGCGGCAUGGAAUCCGGCUCAGGAUGUAGUCUGGAGAAGGAUAAACCCUAACCUUUUCUUGAUUCAGUUCCAUUGUCUUGCGGACUGGAAUAAGGCCCUGCAUCAGGGUCCGUGGGAUUUUAAAGGUUCAGCUCUUCUGAUGACUGAAUAUGAUGGGUUCUCAAACCCAGAGAAAGUCAAGAUUGAUAGGUUGGAAACGUGCUGUCAAAUCCACAAGUUGCCGGAUGGAGUUUUGAAAAAUAAGAACUUUCUGGAAAACAUGGCAAAGCGUAUAGGGGAGGUUCAGGAGGUUCAGAUUACACUCCCUAACAGAUUCAAAUCACCCUCAUGGAUUCGUAGGUGA